CGUCUGGGGAGGGCUGGGGAAGAGAGGCGAAUGAAAGUGGGAGGAAUUUGGAUUUGAAAAAGUUGGUGUUCUUAUGGAAGCAACGACUGGCUAAAGAGCAAGAUAGAGUGCUGGCUUUGUUCUAAAGUAAUCAGCUACCGGGAUUUUGAUCCAUAAUCCUUACCAUUCAACUGAAAGCGAUCCAUCCGAAAGCGAGUCCCAGAAAAGUUCUGAAGCUGUUUUUUCCACUUCCAAUCCCACCUACUUCGUUUCUGCUCCACCAAUUUUCUCUUCAGAUCCUCCUCUCUCUCUCCUCCCAUUUCUCUGCAACUUCCAUCUUUGAUUCUCUUCUCCGGAGAUGCAGCCUUGUGCUCAUGGUUUUGAACGCAUGUCACGGAUUCUGACGAUAAGAUCAAAGAACGAAAGUUGGAGCCACUAGUUUCUUCCUGCGGUAAGCACUCUUUCUACAAAAUCCUGCCUUAUAGCGGAUGAGGUGCUUUGGAAAUUAAUAUUCUAGUACGAAAUUGACUCCCUUGGGCAUUAUGCAUGUCUGGCCCUGUGGCCAUUGUUGAUAUCGUGGAAGGGGGUCUUUCUUCUGCCGAGAGAACAAAAUCUCUUGAUGCCAUUACUAGUAAGGAGUUCACGUCUGCAAUAAUAAAUGGUGAAACUGUUCAUACCUCUGAGUCCGCUCGCUUCAGAGUUGGGGAGCUAUUGCUUGUCAAUGGGGAAUUGUAUUCUGGGUCUCUUCUUGGUAACAUCCCUGAGGGCACGGGGAAAUAUGUGUGGUCAGAUGGAUGUAUAUAUGAGGGUGAGUGGAGAAGGGGGAUGAGGCAUGGGAAUGGAAAAAUUCGAUUUCCUUCUGGAGCAGUUUACGAAGGUGAAUUUUCAGGUGGUUAUAUGCAUGGUACAGGAACAUACACCGGUCCUGAUAAUUUGGCUUAUAAAGGACGAUGGAAACUAAAUUUGAAGCAUGGUUUAGGUUAUCAAGUCUAUCCGAAUGGAGAUAUUUUUGAAGGCUCUUGGAUGCGGGGAACACCCGAAGGGCCCGGGAAGUAUACGUGGGUUAAUGGAAAUGUUUAUUUGGGGAACAUGAAAGCAGGGGCGAUGUCAGGGAAAGGAACCCUUACUUGGAUAAAUGGUGACUCAUUUGAAGGAAACUGGUUGAGCGGUAUGAUGCAUGGGUUUGGGGUAUACAUGUGGAGUGAUGGAGGCUGCUAUGUGGGGACGUGGACUAGGGGUCUGAAGGAUGGAAAAGGGUCAUUCUAUCCAAAAGGAAGCCGCCUGCCAGCAGGUCAAGAAAUUUACCUGAAGGCUUUGAGAAAAAAAGGGCUGUUACCUGAUUCACGAAAGCAGAAUCAUGCACAUAUUCAUCAUGCUAUAUCAGGGGAUAUGGGGAAUUUUAAGGUUGGUGAAAACCAGCAAUCCUCUCGUGUUACAUCUGAUAAGCUCUCAAAGGGUAGUCUGUUAAAUCUGGAACAGUAUCGCUCUAAAAAUGUUUCGCUUGAAAGGCGCUGGAGUCUUGAGGUAUCAAUUGAAAAAGUACUUGGGCACGAUUCUUCAUCAGGACUUUCAGACUAUGAAAUGGGUGGAAAUGUAGUAGAUACAAAAAUCCCAAUUUUGGAACGCGAGUAUAUGCAAGGUGUACUUAUUAGUGAACUUGUUAUAGAUAAUAGUUUUUCCUCACCAUCAUCAAGAAGAGCAAGACGAAGACAGAAAAAGCUGGUCAAAGAGGUUAAUAAACCAGGUGAGAUGAUCAUUAAAGGUCAUAGGAGUUACGAUUUGAUGCUCAGUUUACAACUCGGAAUCAGAUAUACUGUGGGAAAAAUUACACCCGUGCAAAGGCGAGAAGUCAGGAGUUCAGACUUUGGUCCUCGAGCAAGCUUUUGGAUGACUUUCCCUAAAGAAGGUUCCCAGUUGACUCCACCUCAUCAAUCGGAAGAUUUUAAAUGGAAAGAUUAUUGUCCAAUGGUCUUCAGGAACCUGAGGGAGAUGUUUAAGAUUGAUGCUGCUGACUACAUGAUGUCCAUCUGCGGAAAUGAUGCUCUUAGAGAGCUAUCUUCACCUGGGAAGAGUGGUAGUGUCUUCUUUCUGUCCCAAGAUGAUCGUUUCAUGAUUAAAACACUCCGAAAAUCAGAAGUUAAGGUUCUUCUACGGAUGCUUCCAGAUUAUCAUCAUCAUGUGAGGUCAUAUGAGAAUACACUUAUAACAAAAUUUUUUGGUCUUCAUAGAAUCAAACCAGCCAGCGGUCAGAAGUUUCGCUUUGUAGUAAUGGGAAAUAUGUUCUGCACAGAGUUAAGAAUUCAUCGGAGAUUUGAUUUGAAGGGUUCUUCCCUUGGACGUUCAGCAGACAAAGUUGAAAUAGAUGAAAACACUAUACUCAAGGAUUUAGAUUUGAACUACUCCUUUUAUUUGGAACCUACUUGGCGAGAGGCUUUAUUAAAGCAGAUUGAGAUUGACAGUAAAUUCCUAGAAGUGCAGAAUAUCAUGGACUAUAGCCUUUUGUUGGGUGUGCAUUAUCGUGCCCCACAGCAGCCGCAAUCUCAUUUAUCCUACAACCGGAGCAUGAGGGCUGAUGGAUUGGGAAUUCUUGCGGAGGAGGAUCCUUUCGAGGACAUAUCAACCUACCCACAAGGUCUUGUUUUAGUACCUCGCAUAGACGAUGAUAGUGUUGUUGUCGGCUCCCACAUAAGAGGCAGCCGUUUACGAGCAUCAUCUGCUGCUGGGGAUGGGGAAGUGGAUCUUCUGUUGCCUGGUACUGCAAGACUCCAAAUCCAACUUGGCGUGAACAUGCCAGCAAGAGCAGAGCAAAUUCCAGGAAAAGAAGAAAAGCAGAUGUUUCACGAGGCCUACGACGUGGUUCUAUAUCUGGGUAUUAUUGAUAUUCUACAAGAGUACAACAUGAGCAAGAAGAUCGAACAUGCAUACAAAUCUCUUCAAUUUGAUUCAAUAUCCAUCUCUUCAGUUGAUCCUACAUUCUAUUCCCAACGUUUUCUUCAGUUCAUUAUCCAGAGAGUGUUCCCUCAAAAUGCUCGCGCAGGCUGAAAAAUGUGGCAUGUAUAUGCAUAUCCUUUCAAUUCAAUUCCCUCCCCCCGGGAAGAUUUCCUGCUGCAACAGAUGCAUUUUAUACAGAGAUUGAAGAUCGGAGAGCCUUCAGGUUGGAAUUUGUGGAGGGUGGUGGCAAUGGUCAGGUCGUGCAAAUGCUUGUACAUUAUUUAAUUACUGUUUUCCACGUUCUAACAUCAACUCUUGUAGUUUCUCUGUUUCAGAGUUCAAAUUUAUACUGCAUUCAUGUUGAUCUUUACGACCUUGUCUCUCCCCUUAUUCUUCUGUUUCUGGAGAAAGACCCGACUGAAAACGAAAUAAGGGAGGGAAAUUUCCCUUCAAAUUUACUAAAUCAGUGUUUUGAAUAUUCUUAUCGAAAA